ACAGUUAUUGGCAAUUUCUGACAAAAGGAGGGAGGGAGAUAAUGCAUCAUGUUUUGUCGUCUCCCUCUAUCCAUUCCUCAAACUACCUUCUCUAUCAACAAUAACUCCUACCUGCUUUAUCAAUGCUACAGCCUACCUCCAUAGAUAUUCAUAUGUAUCUCUUUCCACGCCUCUAGAGAACUCCAGAAUCACCACAUGGCUACUGACACUGAAGCACCGGUCACUGGUGUACAUCCGAUUCGACAAGUACUUUUGAUCUCCGCUGGUGCAAGUCACUCCGUCGCUCUUUUAUCUGGAAAUGUUGUUUGCUCGUGGGGAAGGGGAGAGGAUGGACAACUAGGCCAUGGGGAUGCUGAAGAUAGGUUGUCACCUACUCAGUUAAGUGCCUUGGAUGGGCAAGAAAUAGUUUCUGUUACUUGUGGAGCUGAUCAUACAACUGCAUUCUCAGAGUCACAACUGAAAGUAUACAGCUGGGGAUGGGGUGAUUUUGGGAGGCUAGGCCAUGGCAACUCAACUGAUUUUUUUAUUCCUCAGCCGAUAAAAGCAUUACAGGGGCUACGGAUAAGGCAAAUUGCUUGUGGAGACAGCCAUUGUUUGGCGGUGACCAUGGAAGGCGAGGUGCAGAGUUGGGGCCGAAAUCAAAAUGGCCAACUUGGUUUAGGCACCACCGAGGAUUCUCUCGUUCCGCAAAAGAUUGAAGCUUUCCAGGGUGUAACCAUCAAAAUGGUUGCUGCUGGUGCUGAGCAUACAGUGGCUAUCACUGAAGAUGGUGAGCUGUAUGGCUGGGGUUGGGGUCGAUAUGGCAACUUGGGUUUGGGUGACAGAACCGAUCGCAAUAUUCCGGAGAAAGCUUCAGUUAUCAAUGGGGAGAAGAUGAUACUUGUUGCAUGCGGUUGGAGGCACACAAUCUCCGUUUCUUCUUCUGGUGGUCUAUAUACUUAUGGUUGGAGCAAAUAUGGUCAACUAGGACAUGGGGAUUUUAGGGACCACCUUGUUCCUCACAAACUCGAAGCAUUGCAGGAACAUUAUAUAUCACAGAUCUCGGGUGGCUGGAGGCACACUAUGGCGUUAACAUCAGACGGAAAGCUUUUUGGAUGGGGAUGGAAUAAGUUUGGGCAGGUGGGCGUCGGCGACAAUCAGGAUCAUUGCUUUCCUGUGCAAGUCAAAUUUCCAGAUGAGCAGAAAGUAGUUCAGAUUUCAUGCGGAUGGAGGCACACACUUGCUGUUACCGAAAGACAUAAUCUUUUUUCCUGGGGAAGAGGUACAAAUGGACAGCUUGGGCACAGGGAGGCUAUUGACAGGAAUAGAUAA